ACAGCGCAAUCUUGUCGAAUUUCUUCUGAAUUUCCGUUGAUUUUGUCGAGUUUUUAGAGAUUCGGUGGAGAGCGGCGGGAUAAAAGCAACGGUUAAUACUUCCCCCUUUAAUUUAGAUCCGUGCAACGGAUCCGCUUCGCACGGUGAAGGAGGGGAAUGUGAGGAGGAAUUGAUCAAAACAAAGCGUAUGCGAAUUAUCCAAAACAUCCAACUAGUGCGCGUCCAGAAAAUAAAUAAGUAAAAACUGCAGUGGAUAAAUUAAACGCAUUUGUUUGGAUCCCUGUCCGGACGUUCGAUACUGGCGAAAUUAUCAAAUAAAUUAAAUAUAGCGCCGACGCGACGCGAGUGGGCGACAACAACAAAAAGUUGAUUGUUAUUCGAGAAGUCAAAAGUCAACAAAAAAACUUAAGAAUCUGCUGGAGAACCCAAAAUUCGUAUUGAUUUUCUUGAUUUUGUGUGCGGGUCCGUGAAAAACGUAACAAAAGCAACCACUUUGAGACGACAUUAGUCCCAUUCCCCCCUACCGCCAUCCAACCACCCAUUCGCUUGCACCUUGCGUACACACUCUCGUACGGAGGAGAGCAUAAGUGGCGGAUAAUCAUCAACUCUGUUGCACUGGGCCUCCACUCCAAUCAGCAAUGUCGUAGACAAGUGGCAGUGGGUCUCGUCGUUGUUGUUGUCUGCUUUUUGUAGUAUAGCUAGUAGUUUAUUAAUCAAGCAGGCCAGCCAGCCCCACUGUGCGAAUACGAGAGUGCAAGCGCGAGAGAGGGCGCUGCAGGCAAGGCAACAACAAAAGCGAAAGUUGCCGUGCGCCGUGCGUAGAUUUGUGUGUGUGUGUGUGUGUAAAGAUGGUGGAUACGAAAUGAGAAAUAAAUAAAUGCAAAUCCAAAGCAAAUCUUCCGCCUCAAAAUGUGCGAUUGCCAUCAUCCGAUUGUCAUAUAAAAAGGAAUUCCGCUGACACAGUAUCGCUGAGAGGGAAGAGGGCCCCCACCACAUAGGGAGUGGCCGGCAGAAGGUUUUUGGGAUUAUUGCAAAAUUGGAUUUUCGCCAUCAACCAAAAAAAACAACAACAACAACAGCAGCUGGAGUAACAGUAGCAGUAGAAGGAACAACAACAAAGACAACAAAAUGUGGAUACCAUCGAACAACAAAUACGGAGUUGCCAUCCACAACUGGCAUGGCGAUGUCCGCUUCGGCCUGUCUCUGGAUGUGGGCGACUCCGUGGACAUCGUGGAGGAGUGCACGCACUGGUAUCGCGGCUCCUGCCCCCGCAAAUCCCGUGCCGUUGGUCUCUUCCCCAAGACGUACAUACACAUCAAGGAUCUGUCGAAGAUCGAUCCAGUGGUGGCCGAAUGCACGCAGGUCCUACGCGAAUGGUCCGAGAUCUGGAAGCGUCUCUAUGUGGACCGCGAGGCGUACAAAUUUCAGACCCUGCGCAAGGUAAUGUUUUCCAUAUUGGAGAGUCGUCGGGAACUGUUGAGUGCCACCAUGACCCAGGAUCAGACACUGGAGCUGCAAAUGGUGGUGGUUUCCAAAAUCGACUGGGGAAAUCGGAAACUGGGACUGGAUCUGGUGCCGCGCGAGGGUCCCCUGGCCGUGGAUCCGCAUGGCAUUGGGAUCGUCAAGCUGUACAAUGUCCACGUGAGCAGUGCGGACAAUGCCAAGGCCUCGUCGAGUCGCGGCACCUUGAGGCGAAAGACCCCACGGAAGAUACUCACCCAUCAUUUGUACUUUUGCAUGCGAGACUUUGGCCAUCGCAUCGGCGGCGAUGAUGCGGAGGUCUACUUCUUCCUCUACGACGGUAGCCGCAUGCGGCCGCUGUCCGAACGAUUUCUGGUCAAGAUCUCCAGAGAUGGUUUCUCCAAUUACAUCGAAAAGUUGCACAGCAAUUGCACGGUCUUUACGGAUUUGGGUGCCGCCGAUCUCAAUGAGGAUCUCCAUUUGGUGGCCGUUGUGAUGCGGGUGGGAAAGAUCAUUCAGUCGGACUCCAUCAAGAAGAUCGAGAAGAGUGGCAGCCACGGCACUGGGCCCACCUAUCGUCGACCCUUUGGCGUGGGCGUCCUCUCCCUGGCGGACAUUGCGCACUUUGACAGCAGUCUGGAGCAGGCCUCCCCCGCCUCCGAGGAGCGGGAGUACAACUUCAAGCUGUACCAGAGCGAGGAGAAGGACUUCCAUCUGCUGCCAGAGCUGAUGAUCAAGAAGUCCAGUGGCAAGUACUCCCCCAUCCAGACGGGCAAUCAGAGUACCCAGGGCAUUGUGGUGUCCUUGAAGCUGUUGCACGGCGGACUGGGGCAGGCGCGCCAGGAGCAGCCGCUGCUCUUCCAGGGCUCUACUAUCACACGGAAGAUGGGAUUCCCCGAUGUCAUUAUGCCGGGCGAUGUGCGCAACGAUCUGUUCCUCUCGUUGGAGCGUGGGGAAUUCGAGCGCGGCGGCAAGAACACGGGCAAGAACAUCCUCGUGACGGUUGUGGUGCUGGAUGUGGCGGGCAAUGUGCUCACCGACUGCCUGUGGGGUGCCUCGGGGAUGGACGCCCAGCCGCAGUACCGCUCGAUGAUUCUGUACCAUCAGAAUGCCCCCAGUUGGAACGAAAUGCUGCGCCUGAGUGUGCCCAUCGAUAAGUUUGCCACCGCCCAUGUGCGGUUCGAGUUCAGGCACUGCUCGACGCGGGACAAGACGGAGCCGAAGCUGUUUGCCUUCAGCUUUGCGCGGCUAAUGGAGACGGGUGGCGCCACCCUGGGCGAUGGCCAGCACGAGUUGUAUGUGUACAAGUGCGAGGAUCCCGCCAAGCUACAGGCCUCCAACUACCUGCGACUCCAGUGCCGCCCCAGAGACGCGCAGGCCAAGAUGGACUGCGGGGGAUGCUUCAGUCGCAGCUCCAAGGAAGUCUUUGUCCUGCGCUCGCUGCUCUGCUCCACGAAGCUAACACAGAACGCGGAUCUGCUCUCGCUGCUUCAGUGGCGUGCGCAUCCCGACACUAUACAGGACUCGCUGACGGGAGUGCUGCGCCUGAACGACGAGGAGCUCGUGAAGUUCCUGCAGGACGUGCUCGACGCCCUGUUCGCCAUGUUCUCCAACGAGGAGGGCAACAGCACCCAGCACUCGGGUCUGGUUUUCCACGUCCUCGUGAGCAUCUUCAGUCUGCUGCAGAGCAACAAGUUCCAGCACUUUCGGCCCGUGAUGAACGAGUACAUCGAGAAUCACUUUGCGGCCGCUCUCGUCUACAAGGGCCUCAUCACGUCCGUGGAGCACAUGGCCGUCUUUAUGACCAAGGCAGAGCAUCCGGACCCGUUCCAGAAGUGCUUCGGCUCGUUGGAGUACAUCUUCAAGCUGCUGAUCCAAUCACGGCGUCUUUUCGCGCGCGCCACCGGCGGCCAGUACGAGGACUCGUUCCGCCGGGACCUCCAUUCGCUGUUCACGGCCCUCAAUGGGAUGCUGGCGGUGCCCUCGUACGAUGUCAUCAUACCCACACAAGAGGCGCUGCUUAACUCGACGGGCGUGGUCCUGGAACAGCUGAAGGACACGCUGCCAGCCCCAGAGCUGGGCAUGCUGGCGCGGAAUAUGCUGGACGCGAUACCGCGUGGUGCUCCAAUACGUUUGAUUCAGGCCAAGCUGCAUGCGGUCAAGGAUCUGGUGUCCGGCGAGCUUUUUCACGAAGAUGAUUCCCGCACUGUGGUGCUGUCGGUGGCCUGCAAGCACCUGCGCAUGCAUCUCAGUCGUCGCGAUGAGCUGCGCCUGUGCGCCGAAAUUCUCUCGGAGAUUCUCAGCCAGCUGUUCGACCUGCAGCGCGAGCAGCGAGAGAAGGUCACCAACACACUGCAGCACGAUCUGGACUCGCUGUGCAAGAACAUACUCGGCAUACUGAUACGCACCAUCAGCAUCAUUAUGGAGGGCUCCAAUGCGGUGCUGCCGCAGCUGGUGUCCUGCCUGCUGGGGCUGCUGCAGCUGCUCGAUGAGACGCACUACAAACGCUACUGGGACGAGCUCAGUCCCAACCACAAGGACCCGCGCGACCUCAAGGAGUUCCUCAGCAAGUCCCUGCUGGUGUACGAGGAGCUGCUUACCCAGGACUGGCACGUCUUCCCCAACGAUUGGCUCGUGAUGAAGCUGGCCGCCAACGAUGUGCUACGCAUGUCGCUCGAGGAGUUUGCCAAACCUCUGGUCUAUCGCUUCCUCGGUGCCCAGGCCUUCGAUUCGCAGCUGUGGUGGAGCUACUUCAGUCUCGCGGUCUCCUUCCUCACGCAACCGUCGCUGCAGCUGGAGCAGUACCGAGAGCCCAAGAGGCUCAAGAUCCUCCACUCGCAUGGGGAUAUGCGCGUCCUAAUGGGCUUCCAGAUCCUGAGCAUGUGGUCGCAGUUGGGCGAACAGAAGCUCCACUUCAUACCCUCGAUGGUGGGGCCCUUUCUGGAGGUCACACUAGUGCCAGAGCCGGCACUGAGAAAGGCAACCCUUUCGGUCUUUUACGACAUGAUGCAGUGCGAACAGGCGGCGCGCGGCUCCUUCCGCCUGGUGGAGAGCGAACUCAUCGACAAAUUGGAUCUGUUGAUCAGCGAGAACAAAGGCGACGACGAGUACAGGGAGCUCUUCAGUACCAUGGAACAUCUCAGCUUGGUCUUGCUGGAGAAAGUCCAAGUGGAGAAUCCAAACUGGAAGGAUGCCGGCAUUGCGUUUAUUGGCUCCGUCACACGACUCCUGGAGCGACUGCUCGACUAUCGCAGUGUGAUGCAGGGCGAGGAGAAUCGCGACAAGCGCAUGACCUGCACUGUGAACCUCUUGAACUUUUACAAAAACGAAAUCAAUCGCAAAGAGAUGUAUCUGAGAUACAUUUACAAGCUGCACAACCUGCACUUGCAGGCAGAGAACUACACGGAGGCUGGCUUCACCCUCAAGUUGUAUGCUUCCAUGUUGUCUUGGGAUCGGGAGACCCAGAGCUUUGCCCCCUUCGACAAUAGCGGCCAACCGGAGUGGCAGCGAAAAGAGCGACUAUACCAUGAGAUCCUCAAAUAUUUCGACAAGGGCAAAUGCUGGGAGAAGGGCAUUCCGCUGUGCAAAGAGCUGGCGCAGCUCUACGAAACGCGCCGCUUUGACUACAACAAACUGAGCGAAAUACUCAUUCAGGAGGCCAAGUUCUUUCAGAAUAUCUUAACGCAGCUUCGACCCGAGCCGGAAUACUUUCGAGUGGGUUUCUAUGGCAUGGGUCUGCCGCUGUUUGUGAGGAACAAACAGUUUGUGUAUCGCGGCCUCGAGUACGAGCGUAUCGGUGCCUUUACGCAGCGCCUGCAAACGGAGUUUCCCAGUGCCCAGAUUCUGGGUAACAAUAGUCCACCCGAUGGCGCCAUUCUGAAUGCACCCGAUCAGUAUAUACAGAUCAGUAAUGUCCGGCCCAUGGGCGAUGCUCAGGCCUUGAAGACGGCCAUGGUGCCGGUACCGGAGAAAAUAGCCCGUUUCUACGAGGUGAAUGAUGUGACAAGAUUCAUCUACGACCGACCCAUGUACAAGGGACCCAUUGACAAGGACAACGAGUUCAAGUCGCUGUGGAUAGAGCGCACGAUCCUGGAUAUAGCCAGUCCGCUUCCGGGGAUUUUGCGCUGGUUCGAGGUCAAGCAGAAGUCGGUGCUGGAGCUGACGCCCGUGGAAUAUGCCUGUGAGAUCAUCAGUAAUGCGGGAAAGGAGCUGUCCGAGCUGAUUGUCCAGUACAGACGCGAUCCCAAGCGGAAUAUCAAUCCGUUUUCGAUGCGCCUGCAGGGUACCAUCGAUGCCAAUGUUAUGGGCGGCAUCAGCAAGUACCAGGAGGCCUUUUUCUCGGAUCAGUUCCUCAAGUCGCCCCAGGGCGCCGGCCAGCAGGCGAAUGUGCAGCGCCUGAAGGCUCUGAUACUCGAACAAAUACAAAUUCUGGAGCAGGCCCUGGAGCUGCAUGGACAGUUGGCUCCCAGCGGCGUUCAGCCGCUGCACAAUCGCCUCCUGGAGAGAUUCUCACAGCUGAAGCAGAGUCUUUCGGGCAUGGGUCGCCUCAAGCGUCAGCAUUCGGACAGCAUCGUGAACACGCCGCUGCCGCCGCUACCCACGGAGCAGCGCACGGCGCAGGCUGCAGCGUCUUCCUCCUCCUCCAGCCAGAAUGCCAAUCCCAAUGCCAACUAUGUAUACGAACUGGAUGAGAUCUACACGAGACCAGGCGACACUGUGCGGCCCGUCGAUCCCCUGAAUUCGUAUCAGACGCUGAGCAAGGAGAGCCUCACCAUACCGCUGGACGAGAGUGUUGCGGCACCUCCAGUGCCCAAUCGGCCGCGAUCCCAGAACUUUGUAGUCAACGGAGGAGGAGGAGCCAUGAUGGACAGUCCAGAGGUGCCGCCCAAGCGGCAGCCGGCAGUCAACUCCCCAAACGCUCCGCCGCUGCCGCCCCGCGGAAUUACGCCGGACAAGCGAGCAUCGAAUCCCAUGAUUUUCAACGAUUUUGGAGGCGGCGAUGGCGUCGGCCGUCGUCACUCAUCCCAGCAGCAGCAACAUGGCCAGAAGUACGCCGUGGUAGACAUCAGCUUCGACGAUCCCGAGGCGGAUCAGCAGCCGCACUCGUUGCCGCCCAACUUCCAGGAUGGCGGCGGUGGACAUCUGAAUGUCUGCUUUGUCCCAAACGAUUUCCGCGACUCGGGCAUCUCGACGACCAGCUCGCGGGAGCUGAACAACAUGAAUCUCAAUAAUCUCAGCGAGGACUCGUCUUCGAUUUCGGCGGCCAGUACGGUGCAUCAUCGCGAGCACUGCCGCAUCAGCUCCAACGGAAGCCUGGACAUGCAUGCCACGGUCCCCUCGAUGAAUAUCACACAACGGGAGAGCUCGACGAGUUCGUUUGACGUUGAGGAUAUGCCGGUGCCACCGCCGCCCAUUCCGCCUAAAUCGUUGGGGGUCUCCAGCAAUGGAGUGCUGGCCAGCGAAGAGGCACUGGUACUGGCACUGGCACACUCAUCCAAUCCCAACACACAAGCUUACACACAACUCAAUCACAGUCAGAAUCAGAAUCAUUCCAUCAACAAUCAUCAUUAUCAUCAUCAAACGCUGGGGCAGCAGCUGCAGCAGAAUGGCGAUGACGAGGGCGAUGGCUAUAGCUCAUUGCAACACCAGCCGAUCAACGGAGUGGCAGUGGCUCCAGCCCUAGCCUCAGCACCAUUGCCGUCUGCUGUCGAGGCCGCCGUUACAUCAACAGGCACAGGCACAAGCGCCAGCACAAUCACAGCCCCACCGGCAUCCGCAUUGACAUCCUCAUUGGCAUCUAGUCACCAGCACGAUGGCGGCACUUUUUGAGUUACAAUAUGUCGCUGCCAUCAUCCACCCGAUCAGCCACAUCAGCCACAUAAGCCAUCCUCUUCCACAUCAACUUCAACCAGUACCACCACUGACACGGCCACCGAGACCUCGGACUCUAGCUCAACCCACUCGAUGACGCCGCCGCCGCCUCCACCGCCGCCGCCUUCGUUCAACCAGUUCCAUCAACAUCCAGCAGCCGCAGUCAUAGUCCUACCCGAUUCGCCUGCACCAGCAGAAGCGGCACACUACUGUCAGGACUGUUUGUCGUCGCCAUCGCCGCCACCUACAAUCAUCACGGAGCAGGCUCUAGUGCAUGCCACCCCAGGACAGGCGACGCCUCAGCCCCACAUCGAGCAUUGCUCGUGUGGCCUGAGCUUCUCGGUGGUGCAGAAUCAGCAGGAAAUGAUGUUAUCUUCGAGGUUCUCCACGCUAGAGCGGCAGACCCUCGCCUAUCAGGUGGAUCAGGCUUCGGGCUGCCAGCAUCAUCACCAUCUGCACCAGCAUCAUCAUCAGCCCCAGAGCAGUCAGGAUGCACAGGCCCAGACGGACUUCUCCUACGCACAGCGCUAAGAGAGAGUCAAUGGGGACCCACAGAGAGUGAGAUUGAAUUUCGUUAAGUUAUAUCGUGUGUAUCGUCGUUUAUUUAUUAUAUUUUAUUGUGUUUAGCAUAAAUACUUUUAAGUUAUUGUAAUUCUUUUUGGUGCCAAAUGUUUGCUGCAAGUCCAAAGCGCAACUGAAACGAAUGUUGUAAUGGAAUAGGUUGCUUAACAAUGUGUUUUCAUGUUUAGUUUAAGUAUUAUUUGUACUAUUUUUAUCGUAUCGGCAAUAUUUAUACAGGAAUUGUCUCUAAAGUUACUACUACUACGCAGAGUGUGCAUAAAUAUGAUAAGAGAAUAAAGAUGAACAAAGUUUUAUAUCGAACGAAUCAAAUACUAAAACCAAAACACUGAAUGCUAAUCAAAAAUCAGCAACGCAACGGAAAUAUACAUAUAUACAUUACAUAUAGGAAAGCUAAGGAAGUGACAAAAGCAAGAAAAGACCGACAAAAUGUGCAAUGCAGUUUUUACUUUAACGAAUUACAUAUUUAUAUAGAAAUAUACUACCGCACACUACACACUACGAUACAUGCGAACAAGCAAUUAGGAAUUUUAAAGUGCUACUAGCUUCGGAUAAGUUUUCCAUUUUUGUAAAUUUUUUAUAUAUACAUACUAUAUAUGUAUAAAGUCUUCAUAUACUAUGAGUGUGUAUCCGCAUCUAAUUAUAGAACGCGCAUAAAUCAAAAGCGUAAAAAUCGUAUCUAAACCAAUCAUAUUUAUAAAAUAAAACUAGUCAGAAACUUGCAUGUUACUGGGGAAGUGAGUAUAGAAGAGGGAUAAAGGUUCAUAUUGUCUAUAAAAGGCAUGCCGCGAAUGUAAGAAUUUACUAAAGAAUUUAAUAAACAUUAAUUUAUAAAAGUA